UGGCCGGUGGAGGAGACAGAGAGAGAGAAAGAGAGAGAGGAAGGGGGAAAGCUGCGGAGAGAAGUGGAGCUGGAUCCUCUCCACCAAACGCAUCUUUAUUUAACUCAAGGGGCCACGAUUGAACACACAAUAAACCCCUGUGUGUGGAAUAUCCGCGUGUGUUUAUUCCAGGUUAUUAUGGUAUGGAUUGUGCGGAUGACAGAUGACUGGACCUGCUCCUACCUCCUCAGACACUGGAGCGAUGUUUAGAUCUGUGUUUGCAUAGUUCAUCCAAAGCCUCACUCACCGUGGACUUAUCUGCUUUUUUAUUAUUAUUAUUAUUGUUAUUAUUAUUAUUUUGCUGUUGAAGGGUCAAUUUUCGAGAUGACGGAAAUGAGUGAGAAGGAAAAUGAUCCACAAAACCGGGACUUGCACCGUCCGCAGGCUACGGUUCCCAUUCAGCCUGAAUCUAAGUUGCAGCGGCUGAAGCGCUCCCUGUCCUUGAAGUCAGUCAUCCGCAGCAAGAGCGUGGACAACUUUUUUCAGCGCAACAGUAACAGCGAUUCCCGCCCUCCGUCAGCCCUUAUAACCACAAUACCGCCCCCACCAUCUCCUCCUCCACCCAUCUCAGAGUCCCCUCUGGCCUAUGAGCGCUCCCCGUCCCUUUCGCCAUCUAUCAGUCCGAAUCCCUCGCUGUCAUCGCACUCACCUUCCAUCAGCCCUUCAACAUGUCUGACCUCCAAAACCCAGCCAAAGUCUCAGGGCCAACCGGUGCUGCCGGUCAAGACCCACUGUUUCCAGGAACAUGUCUUCCGUAGGCCUACCAACUGUCAGCGAUGCACACACGUGAUCCACGGGAACUCUAAGCAGGGGCUGCGUUGUAAAGCCUGUAAGAUGGCAGCCCACCUCUGGUGCUCUUCAGAGCUCUCCCAGCAGCCUUGUAACGGGAAGACAGGAGCUUUUAAGCGAAACUUCAGCUCUCCUCUGCUAACCACUGAUCCGCUGGGUGUGGUCAGAGAGGCUCCUGCUGCCCAAGAGUCAGAUAAUGGUACCAUUGACCCUGUGUAUGAGGCACUGCGCUACGGGACGUCGCUGGCUCAGAUGAGUCGAUCCAGCUUCAGCAGUAUCUCAGAGUCUCCCUGUCACGAGGUGGAGAAACUGCAAGACAGACUAGAAAACCAGCCCAUCGCUGAAGAAGAGCCACUCCCAGGAAUGCUCACCCCUCCUGAAAGCGAGAAGGCUGAUUCAGAAGACAGGGUCAGCCUGAAGACUCCAAAGCGAGUAGAGGUUCACUCCAUCCACACCUAUGUGGCUCUCUACAAGUUCCUGCCUCAGGAGAAAAAUGACUUGGAACUACAGCCUGGCGACAGAAUUCAAGUCACCGAUGACUCCAACGAGGACUGGUGGAAGGGGAAAAGCAAAGACAAGGUGGGAUUUUUCCCAGCCAACUUUGUGCAGCGGGUCCGCCCUGGUGAGAGGGUGUGGAAGGUCACUACUGGUUUCCAUGGCAACCGAGACAAAGGCCAGAUGACUGUGAAAGAGGCCCAGAUCUGUGUGGGUAAGAACGAAGAGACCGACGGUUUCCUCCGACUGAGCAGCGGGAAAAAACGAGGCUUGGUCCCUGUGAAGUGUCUCCUAGAGAUAUGAUGGCAGCACACCUCUCCAUGACCCUCACUUUGAUAAAGUUCACUAUGAUGGAGGAAUACUCAGGAGUGUUCAACCAACACCUCACUGAAGCCAGCCGACCACCUCUGCACCUCCAAAAAAGCGAAUUAGCAGCUUGAGCGGACAAAAGUCUAGCUAUGGCUCUGUCCGCGAAUUCGCUCUUUAAACCAGGAGAUUUUAAUGGAAAAAUGCAUAGAAGGCAAGGGGCUUCUUUAGAGUUCUUUAGAGCUACUUUGUAGCACAGUUUUACUUUGUGUGGUUUUAUACACACUCACAAUGGAAAAUGUAGCAACAUGUAGAAGAAGAAGAAGGCAGAGUGCAGGAAGUCUGGCUACCUCAAUAGCCAUCUCCACUGGCCAUCUGUCUGCAAAAAUGGAGAGAGGACUACCUUAUUAUGAUGUCAAGAGUGACCAAGGUUUAGGCAAUGUAGGGACCUUGUGAGCAAACUGUCUUCAUUUCAUUGUACAUGUCUUGAUUGGCUGAUUUUUUUUCUUUGCAAAGCCUUGAAAACAGAUUUGCUGAUUUGAUUUUGAUGCGGGGGGUGAAACAUAAUGUUCGUAUGUGCUGACUGCAGAGCACACAUGUCUGCUAUUGUAGUGUGAAUUUGUGUUGUUUGUACAUACUGUAUCUGUCAUUCCCGCUUUAACUAGAAAGUUAAUCAGGUAUUACAUUGUGUGUUUAUACAGUCUAUGAAAUAAUGUCUUUGCAGCUGCAUUACACUGGUCAAAUCAAAGUCAUAAUAUACACACACAUUGGGAUUUCGGUGUUUCAGACUUUUCUCAAGUGAUUAGAUUAUGGUACAUUUGUGCUCUUCACAGCUCUGAUGUGACAAAUGGUUUGCGUGCACCUCGGGGGAGUUUUCUUCUCAGUAUGCCCUUCAAUCACACUCUACACACACACACACACACACACACACAGAUUUUAUACACUGCUCUGUUCCAUGUAACUCUAAAAUGAACCACUAGAAAUGGCUUCCUGUCACUGUAUCCUUAGCGUCGUUUAUGUGUAUGUAACGUCCCGUAAUAUUCCCUGUCAUAUCUGAUCCUGUAACACGGUGUGAGGAUGAUUGCGCUGUCUCGACUUUCUGAUGUGCUUGAUUUUAUGCCAGUUAAAAGAGAAGCAGAGAAAUCAUCCGAGAUCAUUGCUGUCAAAACAGUCUCUCAGAAGGUCAUGCACCUGACUCAGCUGUCAGAUGUGUAGGGUUUUGCAUCCUUAAAGGAGAUGGGAAAAGCAAAAUCACCUCACAUCUUACGAUAGCUUUGUCAUUUUAAACCACGAAGUAGUGACAAACUGCCUUUGUUGUGGCAAUAAAUGUAAAUACAUACAAAUAUGACAGUUUUUUGUAAAUAGAUACUGUACACACUUGGCUCUAAAUAGCACUCAGAUCAAGACGAUUGCAGCUAUCCAUGAGCCAACUAAGGGCAUUACCUUCACAGUUAUCAAGUGCAGGAGAUUAUUGUUCCUUGUUCCACUUACAUAUGUAUGCAUCUCUUCGGUCAAUUAACAUCUAGCUCUAUCAGCACAAAUCUCUUCAAAUACUAUGCACAACAGUUCUAGUCACUCGCUUUAUUUUGUACUCAGCUUAUUUCCAGUGUAGUCACACAUGUAUCAGCGUAUACAGUACCUGUGCUUUUGCAGUAUACAUAAGCAAAUAUGGAAACUUGCACUCCAGCUUUGGGGUUAUAUAGCAGCUGUUACAAAGUGCCCAUCUUGGAUCAGUCUGCGCCAUGCUAAUCCUAAACAUUACCUUCACUGACUAGAACCAAGAUUGGCUCAGGAUCAGUAAUACCCAGGUGAAGUCCCUUUCUCACCUUAAUGCACACUACCAGGCUAGUUCUCUGCAUGGCUAGCUGCCCUGUGAUGCUCACAUCUCUCAAUAAAGUCAGAUGAACUCUUA